AUGCCUGGCGGGGCAGACGCGUUCGGAGGGCGAGAUUUUUUUUGUGGGCUCCUAGAAAUCAUGUCGUGGAUGCAACAACGCGAAGCGAUACGACGUGCAGCCGACGCUGGGGCCAGACCACGGAUCUCAGCGCAAGGCUCGCAGCUACUGCCUCUGAGGGACCACCGCCUGCAGUCCGUGCUCCUCUCGCGCCCGAAUGGCCAGCUCACCCGCGCAGGCCAGUUCUUCUUCGGCCUCACUGGCCGGCGGCCCCCGAACCGCCAGUUCGACGAGGCCCAGCCGCUCAUCCGAGACGGUGCCUCCGACUACAUCCUCAUGAGAGGGGGGACGCGGAAGCUCGUGCGCACCCUGCAGCCCAACGGCCAGUACCAUGUCACCAAAUUAGGAAAAGCUUUCUUCAAGGAUAAGUACACGGAGUGGCUUGCGCAUGUGCCCGUGAUCAUCCGGGGCCGCCGGCGGAACGGCAACCCCUACGAGCGCCAUGACUACCUGCCCGUCAUCACGCUGGAGCUGGGCCUGUCCCGGCAGAACGACGCCUGGAGCGAGGCGCAGGUCGCCCGCAACGUGAAGGAAGCGGUGCUCCGGCAGCUGGGGCAGCCUGGGGAGGGCGAACCCAUCUACAUGAUCAGUGGGGAAGUGUACUUCCUCCACCCUACCAACGAGUGGGCCUACAGCUCCUCCUCCAUGCAGGUCAUCGACAAUCGGGUCGACACGCAGAUCCGCCUCCGCCAGCCCCUGGGGGCGCUGCGAGAGGUCAGCUACCAGCUCUUCGCUGGAGACCAGAUCCUCGCCAGUGCCUUCGAGGAGCGCCGGGACAUGCUCUGCGUGCCCCAGCAGCUGGCGGAGCUGCUGAAGCUUCCGCUGCAAGACGUCCUGGAAGACUUUAACUCCAUCUGCCCCGGGAACUGGCAGCAGCGGGGAGUGUCCCCCGCAGAGAUCCGCACCUUCUGCGUGUGGCGCAAUGCGCCCAUGUUCUACGUGGACUGCCGGGGCCGGCUGCUGGACAGCUUCCAGCCCACGGAGAAGGAGGAGCGGGCCGUCGCUUUCACCAGCUGGAACGGCCACGCCUUCUUCUACCGGAGCGCUCGGGCCGUGGCCAGCUGCGACGAGUCGGAGCAGCGGCCGCGCUACCGCCGGCUGAGGCGGGACACCCCGGUGCCGGAGUUCAAGGACUGGCAGCCCUGGGACGGAGAGAUUGGCUCAGGGUAUUUCUGGACGGAAGACAUCCGCGGGGUCUCCAUGCGGGGCCUGUGCGAGUGGUCGUCGUUGCGCCUGCGAGUGCGCGGCGGAGCGGACUGCGUGAUUCGGGAGCUCUGCGAGGAUGCGGCGGUGCUGCAGCAGUGGACGGAGCGCCUGGGCGUGCCCUAUCGCGGGCAGCGCCUGGCCGGGGCCAGCUUGGAGGUCUUCCUGCACCUGCUGCAGGGCAGGCGCGAGGACACGCGGAGCCGCCGGGAGGAGCUGCUGGCCCAACAGCAGGGCAUGUGCAAGCUGUGCGGAGCGCCCAUCGCUCUGGGCACCUUCGAGAUCGAUCAUGUCAUCCCGGUCUCCCAGUCCUUCGCCGGACAGCAGCUGGAGCUGCAGGCCCUGUGCUUGGAGUGCCACCGGACCAAGACCAGCCUGGAGGGCAACCACAGCACCACUUUGGAGAGCCGCUUCUGUCGGUUUGUGUACCAGCACUAUGGCAUCGACGUGCGCCGCUGCCGAAAGAACGGCCUAGCAAAUGCUCGCUUCCCGCUGCCCGUCUUUUCCCCGCUGGACUGCAUCGUCGCAGACCUGACCUGGGUCGAGUUGCCGUGCGACCGCGGGGCUGGCCAAGUGGAGCCACUUCAAGUGGAGCCUGGACGCCACCGCGCACGUCGACCAGCGCUGGUCCUGGAGCGCAUGGAGCAGAACUGGCCGGAGGGGGAAGAGCACUACGCCAAGCUGGCCAUCAACAGCCUCAGAAUAGAAUUUGUUUAUUCUAUGAAGACUUCAAACCAUGAGGUAGAUGGGGAGGGCUGCAGCUGGCGCCAGACCUUCACGGAUUCCGCCGGGAGAAGGCACUGGGAUCACAUCUUUGUCACGGAGCUGCUCUCCAACAGUUCCUACCGACCUAUUCAUGACUACAUCAUGGGAGCCGAGUACGUGGCAGUGGCCCGGAUUCGGCAGGCCUUGGCGGACGUGCCGAAGCGCUACCUGAAGAGCAUCAAGACCGAUUGCCUGGUGAUGCAGGACGUCCCGAAGAAGCACCGGCCCGCCGUGGAGCGGCUGCUGCAGAUGUCGCACCGGGACGGCACCCCCGUGUACCGCUACGAGGAGGUGGCCGGGCUGAAGGGGCAGUACCGCGAGCCCAGCAUGGAAGCGGAGCCCAUCCGAGCGAAGCCGCCGUGCCGAGUGGAGGACCCCGUGGAGCACUGCCUGGACGGCGAGAGCCUGCUGCUGACGGGCUUUCCGGGUACGGGGAAGACCCACCUGGCCAAGAAGAUCGUCGAAGCCCUUCGGGAGCACGGGAACACGGUGCACAUCAUCACCAAAACGCACGCGGCUGUGCAAAAUGUCGGGCUGGGGGCUCAGACGGCGGACCACUGGGUGCGGCGAAACGUGCGCGACGGGCACUGCAGCGCCACGUGGCUGGUCAUCGCAGAGCUGACGCAGCUCGACACUUCUCUGUGGGCUGACAUAGCUUGUCUGAGCCUGAACAAGAAGAUUCGCUUUCUGCUCUUGGGAGACUUUCGGCAAUUGCCCGCCGUGCUUGAUUCCUUCGCAGGCGCAGAAGUCUGCAAGGAGCUGAAGGACAGCCAGCUGCUGCACGACCUGGCGGGCGGCUGGUGCCACGAGCUCUCAGAGCGUUGGCGCUUCGACGAGCGCAUCUUCGAGUUCCUGACCUGGUUGCGAGUGGACGAGCCCGAGCAGGUCCCGCUGCCCGAGGGAGUGCGCGAGGCCCGGCGGCGCUUCCCGAGGCGAGGCGAGCCCGACGUGAGCCUGGUCAUCUCCCAUGCGAAGCGGCUCCAGAUCAACGAGCGAGAGAACCGCAGACUGGCGCCCGCCGAUGCCCUGCUGGUGCAGUACGAGGCUCGGGGGGCUGAAUGCGCCGCAGACCAUGAGGGUCUGGCCGGGGCUGCGGCUCAUCGGGGCCGGGCGGAAGGUGCAGAAGGGAACCUUCCUGACCGUGGAGGCGGUGGCGCCUGGAGAGCGGCCAGUCCUUUGCGGGCCCGGAGCUGCUGA